AUGGCUUUUCCCCACAAGAGAAGAAGACUACUGAAAUGGCUGACGGCGGUAAUUGCCGCCGCCCUAGCCGUAGCGCUGCUCAUCCUCAUCCUCGCCCUCACCGUCUUUAAGGCCAGGCAUCCGGUCAUCACCGUCAACUCAAUCGCCGUCUCCGACCUCAAUUUCUCGUUCGACGUCGCGAGGCUCGGCGUCCGCUUCAACCUCAGCCUCGACACCAACGUCACCGUCCGGAACCCUAACCGCGUCGGAUUCCGGUACGCCGACAGCCGCGCGGUCCUCCGCUUCCGCGGCGGCGACGUCGGCGAGGUUCCGAUCCCCGCCGGCGAGAUCGGCGCGCGCGACACGAGGAAUCUGGACCUGACGCUGGUGCUGAUGACGGAUCGGCUGAUUUUUGACUCCGAUUUCUACGCGGAGGCGUUCUCCGGCAAGGUGCGGUUGGAGACGUUUAUCAGGAUGGCGGGGAAAGUGCGGGUGGUUUUCGAUUUCCGCGUGGUGUCGUACACGGGGUGCGAUCUGGAUAUUCGCCUCGCCACACGUAUGGUUUCCAAUCAGACAUGUCGUUAUAAGAUUAAAAUUUAA